AUGGAUGCUCUUGCUGCUGCAAUUGCUUCUGAUCAGGCAGUACCAGUGAAACUGAAUGUGUGGGACUGCAGGAGGAGCAAAGAGUCAUACAAGACUCUUGAACUUCAAAUAGUUUUAGAGUUGAUUUUAUCUCAAGCUGAAGUAACAGGUCAAGUGCAGUUCAAUGAGGGCAGUGUCUGGUUGGGCAGUGCUUCUGACUACCUAAGAGAGGAUCGGCAUCUAGAAAGAUCUACGCGUUUUUGGGAAGCCCUGCUAGCACUGUCUGGUGCAAGCAGGACUCGUUCCUCUUCUUUCCUAAGCCAUGUAAAACGCAGUAAGAGCAUGGUUUUUGACUAUCAAGAUGAUGAAUUUUUAAUUGACAGAAGGCUGAGGGAGCAGGCAGAAAUGUCCGAGUCUUCAACAUGCAAAGCAUUUGAUUUUUAUCUUCGGAAGACAAGUGCUACACUGUCCAAAUCAAAAUCUGUGAUCACUGGUUUUAAUUCAGUGCCGCCUUUCAUGUCCCCUCGGUACCCUGGAGGUCCAAGACCACCUUUAAGAAUACCCAAUCAGGCACUUGGAGGUGUCCCAGGAAGUCAGCCGCUAUUGCCUAGCGGGAUGGACCCAACACGGCAGCAAGGGCAUCCAAACAUGGGUGGGCCAAUGCAGAGAAUGACUCCUCCAAGAGGAAUGGUUCCGUUAGGACCACAGAACUAUGGAGGUGCAAUGAGACCCCCACUGAAUGCUUUAGGUGGCCCGGGGAUGCCUGGAAUGAACAUGGGUCCUGGGGGUGGUAGACCUUGGCCAAACCCAACCAAUGCCAAUUCUAUACCUUAUUCUUCAGCAUCUCCUGGGAACUAUGUAGGUCCUCCAGGAGGUGGAGGGCCACCAGGAACACCUAUCAUGCCUAGUCCUGCAGAUUCAACCAACUCUGGAGACAACAUGUACACUUUAAUGAAUGCAGUACCACCUGGACCAAACAGGCCUAAUUUUCCAAUGGGGCCAGGGUCAGAUGGACCUAUGAGUGGACUGGGUGGAAUGGAUUCACAUCAUAUGAAUGGAUCAUUAGGCUCAGGAGACAUGGACAGUAUUUCGAAAAACUCUCCCAGUAAUAUGAGCAUGAGUAAUCAGCCUGGAACUCCCAGGGAUGAUGGUGAGAUGGGUGGAAACUUCCUAAACCCUUUUCAGAGUGAGAGCUACUCCCCUAGCAUGACAAUGAGUGUGUGAUCCGUUAACAAGUCUCGCCGUGAAGACCACAGUGAGUUGGCCCUCUUCAGAGAGCUACUGCAGAAGAAAAUUAUUCGUCCCAGUGUACAGUUUUAACAAAAGGAUCUCAGACACAAUCUGACCCAACAUUUUUUUUUCUACCAUCUCCCCAGUUUUGUCAAGAAAGUGGGUCCCAAACAUGAUUGAUACAACUGUAAAGAGUGGCAUAACAGACCUGCCCAAGGUGGAACUGCAGUUACCUGUAUGUGUACAUCUGUGGGUUAAUGUAUAUGUAUGUGUGUGUGAUAUAGAAAUACACACAUACAUAUAUAGACCCACAAGACAUUGUAAAAUACUAUCCCAUGACAUUUUAAGUAGAAAUGAGAAGUAGGGACUUUUAUUCCAUCUUUUUUUUUUCACGUUUACAUUUUUAAUUAUUAAAAUUUGCUUUCCCUCUCCCCUCCUGAACUGUUUUAUGUUGCAUAUAUCACUGCUUUAUAAGUUAUUUUUUAAGGUGAACUCAAAUGAUAAAUUCUUUUGAUUUUGUAAAUGUCUGCCAUUACGGAUAGGAAUAAAAUUGCUUAUAAGAGCUUUCAUUAACUUGUGUUUGAUACCAGUUACCCUGUGAAUCACGAACUGUACUGUCUCAAGAAAUAGAAGAAAGCUCAUCUUAAUUUUUUGGAGAAAUUUAAAUGAUUCUCACCUAGUUUGGUGAUUUUUCUUUAAUACUUUGCCUUUAAAAAAAAAAAGAAGCACUGAAGGUUAUUUUUCUUCUUUAAUUGAAGCCUAAUAUCUGCAAUAUCUAUUUUAAAUGGAAGCCUGAAUUUGAUACAAGCUUCUCAGUUUAUAUAGAGUACUAUAAGGUUACUGUAAGUG